CCUCUCACCUCAGUACUUUGACUACUUUGGUUAAUAAAAAUACAUUCGUAAAUACAUUGUGAUUAAAUAAUAUUUUUCAAACUGUCUAUGAUUAAUAAAGUUUAAGAUUAUAUUUUUUUCGCAAUAAUCAGCAAAAAUUGCCGUAUUGAACUUAAUACUUUAGUUAAAUUUUCGACUCGAGAGAAUGUAAAUAAAGCGUAUAACCUAAUAUUUACCGCUGUUUUAUGUAAAUGUUAAAAUUAUAACCUUUCUUAUCUUCUAAACCAUAAGUUUGAAAAGAUGCGGUAUGCACAAUUAGUUGUGGGUCCAGCAGGUAGUGGAAAAGUGAGGACAUUUCAUUUCCACUUACUGCUCAACAAUAUUAAAACAUGCAAUGGAUUCAAAGAGAAUUGUAGAAGUAGUGAACUUAGAUCCAGCAGCAGAACAUUUUGACUAUCAGCCACUUGUGGAUAUCCGAGAAUUGAUUCAUCUGGAUGAUGCUAUGGAGGAUGAAGAACUACAGUUUGGGCCUAAUGGUGGACUUGUUUUUUGUAUGGAAACUUUACUAGAAAACUGUGACUGGCUAGAAGAGCAGUUGGGAGAUGUAGAUGAUGACUAUAUACUGUUUGACUGUCCAGGUCAAAUAGAACUCUAUACACACUUACCGGUCAUUAAAAAACUGGUUGAUCAGCUUGAAAAGUGGAACUUUAGGAUAUGUGUGGUGUUCAUGAUUGAUUCACAGUUUAUGGUUGAUGGGGCUAAGUUCUUGUCAGGAACAAUGGCAGCCCUUAGUGUAAUGGUGAAUUUAGAAUUACCUCAUGUUAACAUUUUAACUAAAAUGGACCUCCUCAGUAAAUCAGCAAGGAAACAAUUAGAUAAUUACUUAGACCCAGACCCACACGUGUUAUUAGCAGAUAUGCGAAAUGUUAAUUCACGAUGGCACGAAAAAUAUGCAAAGUUAACAGAGGCGAUCGGUGAAGUUAUUGAAAAUUUUAGUUUGGUUAGAUUUUACCCGCUAAAUAUUAAAGAUGAAGAGAGCAUAGACAACAUUUUGAUCACCAUUGACAAUAUAAUUCAGUUUGGCGAAGAUGCUGAUGUGAAAGUUAGAGAUUUUGAUGAACCCGAUCCGGAGAAUGAUGGUGAUGAGUGAUCAGAGGGAAACAAUCAUGGAAAAUUCGAGGUGCUUCUACAUAAUAUUAAAAAAAAUCUCCAUGGAAUUAAACAUUUAUCAGCAGUCUAAAUAAAAUAUUUUUCCUAAGAAA